UUUGCUUUAGUUACACCAAAGACAUUUUGAUUUUAACAUAUUUGAACAUCUGUUUUAAAAGUUAGUGGGGUAGUUUAAGAGAUAUGACUUCCCCUAUUGCUUCGGGAUCUCAAUCUCCACCCGUAAACGUUCAAGAAUUUUCUAUACGUGUUCCUAAACAUGUUCAAAAAAGAUAUCACGUAAUGAGAUUUAACGGAACUUUAGACGUAGAUUUUGGAAAAUGGACCAAAGUAAGUAUGGAGCGAGAAAAUAAUAUGAAGGAAUAUAAAGGAGCAGAUGAAGAACUACCGAAAUUUGGGGCCGGUUCUGAAUUUGGUAGAGAAGCAAAGGAAGAGGCCAGGCGUAAAAAGUUGGGGAUCGUCGCUAGGAAAUACAAAGUAGAGGAUCAACCGUGGAUUUUGAAAUCUAUGGGUAGUACAGUUAAAAAAUUUAAAGGAAUCAGAGAAGGUGGUGUUUCAAAUAAUACAGCUUAUUAUGUCUUUACACACGCUGAAGAUGGUGCAAUUGAAGCAUUUCCAUUACAAGAAUGGUAUAAAUUCCAACCGAUCCAAAGGUAUAAGGCAUUAUCAGCAGAAGAAGCAGAAAUGGAGUUUAGCAAAAGAAAUAAACAUUUGAACUACUUCUCUUUGAUGUUGAGGAAGAGAUUGAAAGGCGAAGAAGAGGCAGACUUAGAUGAAGGUGAAGAAAAAAGUAAAAAAUCUACUUCAAAAAAAGAAAAGGAUCUCAAAAUAUCAGAAAUGGACGAAUGGAUGGAUAGUUCAGAUGAGGAUUCUUCUGUAGAGGAAGAAAAAGAAGAUCCAGACGAAAAUGAUAAGAAGAAAAAGGGAAAGAAAGCGGUUCCAAAAAAGAAAAAACGGGAUACAGAUGCUGAAGCUUUUGAGGAUUCUGAUGAUGGUGAUGGAGAAGGAAGAGAACUCGAUUAUAUUAGUGACAGUAGCGAUAGUGAACCUGAAAAUGUCAAUUUAGAUGGUGUAGCAGAAGAAAAGGCGCUCAGGAAAUUGUUGAAUUCAGAUGAGGAGUCCGAUGAAGAUAGUGAAAAAUCAGAAAAAGAACAGAGCAACGAAGAUGACGAUAAGGAAAAGGAAACUGAAAAGAAAGAAGAAACAGACGAAAAGGAUAAAAAGAAAAAGAAGAAAAAGACCAAGAAGGAUGUUAAGAAGGAUCUAAAGAAAGAUGCUAAAAUCGAUGAUAAUGAUUUCAGUUCAGAUAGUAGUUCUGAUGAGGAAACUAAGAAAAAUAAAAAAGAGGAAGUGAAGAAAGUAAAGAAAGAGGAAAAGGAAGUAAGUAGUGAGAAUAGUUCACGUUCUGCAACUCCUACGGAUAAUAAAAGAAAACUUAUAAACGACGUUCUAGCCGGUCCCAGUCCAAAAAAGGUGAAAUUAGAUCUGCCCACGUUCAUUGCCGGUUCCAACGAAUCCGGUAUCACGGAAGAUGCUGUAAGAAAGUAUUUAAUGAGAAAACCGAUGACCACAACGGAAUUAUUGCAAAAAUUCAAAUCGAAAAAAACCGGUUUAUCCAGCGAACAACUUGUCAAUAUUAUGACACAAAUUUUGAAGAAAAUCAAUCCGGUGAAGCAAACUUUGAAAGGAAAAAUGUAUCUGUCUAUUAAAUCUUGAAAUUUUAAUAAAAAUAUGUUUAAAUUUAAA